AUGGUUUGUCUGCGAUGCAGUAAUCCGCUUGCUCCUCCGCUGCCGGUUGGUGAUUCGGGUUCAUGCAUGUCUUCCUCCGUCCUCUCCAACAGGACAGGUCAGACUCAUGCAGUCGACCGGACCAUACUCCGAUACCGUCGAAGAAUUCGCCACCAGCCACCUCACUGCUACUGGGACAACCAAACCCGCCUCCGCAGCGACAGCAUCUCUGUUAUCAAUUCCAAACUCAUCCCUGGAAGCCUUAUUUGUUGUCGUUCGUUAAAUCAACAGCAAGGGACUCGGAACAACGCUCCCUGUCAGACUCGGUUGGAGACGGGGGUGCAGCCUGUCAUUCUCGGCUGA